AUGCGAACGAGGAGACAAUCCAAACUACGCCAAACAGUGGGCGAACAAGAAGCUAAGGAUGCCCAUCAUGUAUCUGAGAGCAUUGAUGAAAAUGGAGCUCUAUCGAACAUUUCACGGAAUGCCGUGGGGAAGCUUUUGAAAAGAGUUAAGAAAGGCUUUAAUAAGGAAGAUGUUAGUUAUUUGCGUCACUGUGAGUCGUCUGCUAAGGUGGAGAGAAGAUCGACAGACAACGACAAUAUAUCUACUGAUGCAGACAGAGGAAAGGAUAGAGCAGAUUCGGAAUCUUACUAUGGAGAAGCAAUGGAGUAUGCUUCUAAUCCUGAAAAGGUUGAGACCAACAAUGGGUCUGAUGAUUCCGAAUGGGAAGAUGGGUCCAUCCCUACAAUAUCUCCCAUGAAAAAGUUUCAAGAAGGUUUGCCCAGUGGUGUUUCUGUUGAAUUUGAUGUGUCACAUGCCUCAGAAAAACGGAAGCCUAUCAAACGUGCCACUGCAGAAGAGAAGGAAGUUGCUGAAUUUGUGCACAAGGUUCAUUUGCUUUGUUUACUGGGGAGGGGAAGGUUGAUCGAUAGUGCUUGCGAUGAUCCUCUUAUUCAGGCUUCUUUACUUUCUCUCGUCCCGACGGACUUGCUCAAGAUAACAGAGCUCCCAAAUCUUACUGCUAAUCAUUUGUCCCCUCUUGUCAGUUGGUUCCACAACAACUUCCAUAUUAGAAGUUCAAGUGUAGCUGAGGAAUCAUGUCAUUUAGCAUUGGCAUCUGCUCUGGAAACUCGAGAGGGGCCACCUGAAAUGGUUGCAGCACUCUCUGUGGCACUUUUUAGGGCUCUGAACCUGACAACUCGGUUUGUUUCAAUUUUGGAUGUGAUUUCCUUGAAGCCUGAUGCUGAUAAAUUGGAAUUGAACGGACUAAAUGGGUGCAAGAGCAAAAGAGAUAUAUUUAGUUCAUCAACUCUGAUGGUUGCUGGAAAAUCUGCUUACAGUGUGAAAUCAUCACCAGAUUUUGAGCAGGGCAGCAAUGAACCUUCUAUAAAAGGUCCUGGCAGGGUGAAAGAUAAAAAAUCAAGAAAACAAGAGCCGCAAACAUGUGAUAUUCUUACUACUGAUAAGACAAAAGAACAAAUAACAGAUGUGUUGGUGUCUGAGGCCCCAAUUAAUACUUCUGAAUCAUGCAUUGUGAAAUCUGAUGGAUUGAAGAGGAAAGGAGAUAUUGAAUUUCAGAUGCAGUUGGAAAUGGCUCUUGCUGCCACAGCCGGUGUGAAUCCUGGCGCUAAUGUGACAUUUAAUGCAUCAGACUCUCCCAGUACUUCAAGUCUAACUCCACCUUCUAAAAGGCUAAAGAAGAUUAGACAAGAAGAAUCACAUGGGUGCUCAACUGGAAUAUCAACAGCUAUUGGAUCAAAAAAAGUGGGUGCCCCACUUUAUUGGGCGGAGGUGUUUUGUGGAGACAACUUGACUGGAAAAUGGGUGCAUGUAGAUGCUGUUAAUGCAAUUGUAGAUGGAGAAAAUAAAGUAGAAGCUGCAGCCGCUGCAUGCAGAAAAUCUUUGAGAUACGUUGUUGCUUUUGCUGGAAAUGGGGCUAAGGAUGUGACACGCAGAUAUUGCACAAAAUGGUACAAGGUAGCAGCACAACGGGUCGAUUCCACCUGGUGGGAUACAGUUUUGCGACCAUUGAUGGAGUUGGAAUCGCGAGCUACUGGCGGCAAUGUCAAUGUGAAAUGUGAAGCUUUAAAACGCGAGAAAAUAGAGGUGUCCCAAGUGGAGUCCCUCGCAAGAAACUCUUUUGCUCCUACCCGGAGUUCCCUUGAAGAUAUGGAACUAGAAACUAGAGCGCUGACGGAACCUCUUCCUACUAAUCAACAAGCGUAUAGGGGUCAUCACUUGUAUGUGAUUGAAAGAUGGUUAAAGAAGUAUGAAAUUCUCUACCCCAAGGGCCCGGUGUUGGGGUUUUGCAGUGGGCAUGCUGUAUACCCACGCACAUGUGUUCAAACACUUCAUACUAAGGAAAGGUGGCUGCGUGAAGGGUUGCAAGUGAAAGCUGGUGAAGUCCCUGUGAAGGUGCUUAAGCGCUCCUCGAAGGAUAAUAAAGAAGAUAUUGUGGAUGAUAACGACUUCAGUGAGGGUGAUCAUCAAGGGAUUACAAACCUUUACGUGAAGUGGCAGACAGAACCACUGUGCCUUCCUCUAGCUAUCAAUGGGAUUGUACCUAAGAAUGAACGUGGUCGAGUGGAUGUGUGGUCUGAGAAGUGCCUUCCUCCAGGUACGGUCCACUUGCCCUUGCCAAGGGUGGCUGCUGUUGCAAAAAGACUGGACAUUGAUUUCGCCCCUGCUAUGGUCGGGUUUGAGUUUAGAAACGGUCGGUCUGUGCCUUCGUUUGAGGGUAUAGUAGUCUGCUCUGAGUUUAAGGAUGCUAUUGUAGAGGCAUAUUUCGAAGAAGAAGAGAAAAGAGAAGCUGAGGAGAAGAGGAAAAACGAGACACAGGCGCUCUCAAGGUGGUAUCAGCUUCUUUCGUCCAUCGUUACUCGACAGAGAUUGAACGAAAGCUAUGCAAAUGAGUCCUCAACGCAAUCUUGCUUAGAGAUUUCAAGAAAUUCGGGCAAUGAAUGCCUCGACUCACCUGGAGAAAGCCAACAAGUGAACACUAAACCCAACAAAUGUGACGGGCUCCCAGAGGUUGUGCCCUCAGAAACCCACGAGCAUGUAUUUAUAUUGGAUGAUGAGUUCGGCGAAGGUGGCUCGACCCGGGUAAAGAGGUGCCAAUGUGGAUUCUCGAUACAAUUCGAGGAAUUAUAG